UAUGCAGGUUUAGAACGAGAGACCAAUUUAUAAAUGCAAGUUAUUGGCAUUUUAGAUCUACAUAAUUACAUAGAAAUAUACACGAUGUGUGUAACCUGUUUGGAUCUCCGUAGUCUACGUACCAGAGGAAGUGAGUUUAGUCGACAACUGACGGGAUGCGAUGUAUCAUGUUCGUGAUCAAAUGAAUUUCUAUAUAUUUAUGCAUCCGUAACAGUAAGACCGAGCGAUCUGAUUACGUGGCUGUACUUAUUAAUGCUUAUUAUUCAGACAAUUAGCUUCUCCGCUUGAGUGCUGCGUUCGUUACGGCCGAUCAGGAUUGACCAGAUAUCGUGUUACUCCAUCAGUAGACAAACAUCCAAAAGGUGGAGCAACCGUAUAUCGGGACGAGUCUGCCUACAAGCUGAGUUACACUAUAGAUUCUCCGGAGCAUGUCUAACAGUUUCCGACUAGAUAGUUUAGUUUGUCUGUACCGGUGAGGCUGUGAGGAGACGUGUAUACUAUACAGGUACACUAGGAUAUGUUAACCAUAACUUUGUCUGUACCGGUGAGGCUGUGAGGAGACGUGUAUGUUAUACAGGUACAUUAGGAUAUGUUAACCAUUACUGAUCGUAGUUUGUGCUCAUACUACUGUGACGGUCGAACCUGCUACAACUGCUGAUUUUGGGAAUCUGGUUUCUAUUUCACGUAAAUCUCUAUUGACUGGCUUUAACCCCCAAUACCUACUCGUAACCCUGUAGUCCUUCCAUGACAGACCUAAACAAAGCUAUCGCAGACCAACCCAUGAAACAGACACUCCAGCAUUAGAACAUGGAUCUGAUCAUGAAGAAGGGUUACGGUAAGUUGUUGGUGUUGAGUGCUGGCUGGUUCCUGUUCUUCCUCAGCUUUUCCUCCAUACGAAACAUCACCACCAGCAUCAACCAUGAGGGCGGCUUGGGUCUGGGAUCUAUGGCGGGUACAUACGCCGGAUUCAUGUUGGCCUGCUGUGUCACCACAAGUGUGGUCCGCCGCUUCACCACCAAGUGGGUCCUGGUCGUGUCCUUGGGUAUCCAGAUAAUCUUUGUGGUGGCCAAUCUGAGUCGGAACCUGUAUAUACUGGUGCCAAUUUCUGUGGUUUGUGGUGCCUCACAGGCCGCUAUGUGGACAGCUGUCAGUACGUAUGUUGUAGAUAUUGUGGUCCAGCUCGAGGGCAGGGGAGCUGCGGGAAGGUUUUCCAGGAGUCUCAAGGCUAGGAUGUUUGGUGUUUUUUUCUUCUUCGGAUCAUUGGCACCUGUGUUCGGAGCACUUUUAACUUCCUUUAUACUCAUCCAGGACAGGAGUGACAAACUCAUUCCUAUUUCAGUGGAACAAAAUAACUGUACAAAUUAUAGAAACCGCGCAUCUCUUACCUCUAACUGUAGCAAUACCUCAUCCAUAGGCGAAGUUGGUAUAGGGGAGUACCGGACUAUGGAUGUUGUGAACUCUGUGUGUGGCCCGAGGUUCUGCCACGCUAACUUUGAUCAAUAUGUUGAAAGGACUGUGACGGAAGGAACCCGCACCCUUCUGUUCGGAGUAUAUACGGCAUGCAUGGCCAUUGCUUUGCUAGCUUACACAAUAUUUCUAGACGGGAGUAAAAGCUUGAAGGAAGUUCUAUGUUCUGGCCGAGGCUGUGCCGACUUUCUGGAGGACUCAAAGUCAGUCUUUAAACUCAUUGCUGAAUGUAACUUUCUUCUCAUCAGUCCGCUGAUUUUAUUUCAUGGAGUGCAGACAGCUUUUUUUUCUGGCGAAGUAACAAAGGUUGUUUUUCUACAAUAUAGAGGAGAGAGAAAAAGACCAAAAGAUAUUUGCAGAGCAUUACAACUUGACAUGACUCUCCUAUCAAACCAACAUAUUUGUGUUCAUUGUAUUGUAGCGGCGGCUGUGAACCUGUUUGCUCUGGUGGCCAUGUUGAUCUGGAGUGCUGAGAAUGGUGACAUGCUUUACGUGUUUGCCCUUGCCAUCUUAUGGGGGGUAGGGGAAGGAAUUUGGACAACACAUUUAAAUAGUUUAGUUGGAGCCCUGUAUACAAACAAUCCUGAGGCCGCUUACUCUGCCUAUAACUUCGUCGUGGCCUUGGGAAUGACGGUUGGGUAUAUAUACUCAAACUAUGUGUGUAUGGAAAUUAAAAUAUACGUCACCGGGUGUCUGUGUAUUAUAGGUAUGUGUAGCUACGUAGUAUUUAUAAGGAAGAAACCGUUGUAUCAGAUGCAGGGAGAGACCAUUAUAGUCCAUGUCACAUCAAAUACAGACGUCACCACGCAACUUAACGCGGACGACGCAAUCCAGACGGAACAACGAUUCUCAAUAACCAUGUCCCAGACCGAAGAAUGAGUAUCAACAACCACGUCCCGGACCAAGGCAUGAGGCUAAACCCUGGACUCACAAACCUAGGAAUGGGACAAAUCUUGGGCUCAUUAAACUGCAAAUAACCAGGUGAACGGGUGUAUCCGUCGUGCUUUACCAAACACAGACCAGAAAUCGAGGAAUGAGGUUGAACAAGGAUACCCCAAACUGAGGGAUGAGGCAGGACAAACACAAAGGAAGUCUUGUAAUUACUUGUAUAAACUCACUGACGCCUGUAAGAGUAUUGGGACGCAUGCAACACCUCUUACCGAGAAAGGACACGUGAAGUAACAACCGUCCUCUAUACCAGACUUACCGCAAGGUGUAUUUCAUGUGUACAGGCAGAAGACACGUAACCGCAUCGAUACUACUGGCCGAUGAUACUGUAUUUGUUUACGUUAGACCCACGAGGCCUCUAGCUGUAAGCGGGUAUCUAAAGAGCCACAAUCAUGUGCUUAUCGAUGAACAGAAGAAUGUAGGUGACUAUUUUAAAAUUAAAAGUAUUACAACAUUAGCUUCCCUGGACAGGAUUUGAACUACAACACCUUUGAUUAUCGUUUCGUCUACAUAUCUAGCUCGAUCUCAAACUAGUCCGUAUACAACUGUUUCCGUCUAUUUACAAUACCUAUUAUAUUCACAAUUAUUUUUUUCAAUAUUGAAUAUAGUUGUAUGACUUAAAUAAAAAGCAAAUG